AAAACCGUUCCCAUUUUUGGGUUCGCACCAAAAAUCAAAACCCUAAACCCUUUAUAGCAUUGAGCUCCAAGUUCGGAAGCUACGGACUCUCCCAUGGCUGAAACUACGGAGAAGCCACCCAAGGAUAUUGAAAGCGAAGACGAAGAGGAGCAGACGUUCGAAAGCCUCGGAUUAGACGGUCGUCUUAUUCGUGCCCUAAACAAGAAGAAAAUUGACAAGCCCACCCCCAUUCAGCAAGUCGCCAUACCUCUCAUCCUUCAAGGUAAGGAUGUGGUGGCCAGGGCAAAGACUGGGUCUGGAAAGACCUUUGCUUAUCUCCUGCCGUUGCUUCAGAAGUUGUUUACUUUAGAACCAAAGAAGAAACUUGCUCCGAGUGCGAUUGUUCUCGUCCCUACUCGAGAACUUUCUCAGCAGGUUUAUACAGAGGUCUCUUCAUUGAUUGAAUUGUGUAGAGUUCCAUUGAAAGUUGUGCAGUUGACAAGCAGCAUGCCUGCACCUCAUUGGCGCACAGCUUUGGCGGCGCUACCUGAGAUUCUGGUUACCACUCCAGCUUGCGUAAAGAAAUGUUUGUCAGAUGGUGUUCUUCAGCCAACAUCCAUUGAUGAGUCACUAGAAAUUCUUGUUCUUGAUGAGGCAGAUCUUCUGUUGUCAUAUGGAUAUGAGGGAGAUAUAAAAGCAUUAACACCUCACAUCCCUAAACGUUGUCAAUGUCUUCUUAUGUCUGCCACCUCAAGUGAUGAUGUUGAGAAACUGAAGAAGCUGAUUCUACAUAAUUCUUACAUUUUGACUUUACCGGAAGUGGGAGAUAUCAAGGACGAGGUCAUCCCAAAAAAUGUUCAGCAGUUUUGGAUAUCAUGCAGUGCACGCGACAAGUUACUGUACAUCCUUUCCCUCUUGAAAUUGGAGCUGGUUCAGAAAAAAGUUCUGAUAUUUACUAAUACAAUUGACAUGGGAUUCAGAUUAAAACUAUUUCUGGAAAAGUUUGGAAUUAGAUCUGCUGUUUUAAAUUCUGAGUUGCCACAGAAUUCUCGUCUCCACAUUCUUGAGGAAUUCAAUGCUGGGCUUUUUGAUUAUUUGAUUGCAACUGACACCAGCAAAUCAAAAGAGAAUGAAGACAAUGGGGAGAGUAGUAUUGAACCAAAAAAGUCUAGAAAGCAUGCUAAGCAUAAAGCCGACUCUGAAUUUGGAGUGGUGCGGGGAAUUGACUUCAAAAAUGUGCACACGGUUGUAAAUUUGGAUAUGCCUCAAAGUGCUGAAGGAUAUGUUCAUCGGAUUGGACGUACUGGAAGAGCAUAUAGUACUGGUGCUUCUAUCUCCCUUGUUUCUCCAGAUGAGAUGGCAAUUUUUGAAGAAAUAAAAUCCUUUUUGGGGGACGAUGAAAAAGACGACUCAAACUUAAUUCCUCCAUUUCCUUUGCUGACCAAGAACGCAGUGGAGUCUUUAAGAUAUAGAGCUGAGGAUGUUGCAAAGAGUGUGACAAAAAUUGCUGUCAGAGAAUCGCGAGCUCAAGAUUUGAGAAAUGAAAUUCUCAAUUCUGAAAAGUUGAAGGCUCAUUUUGAAGUUAAUCCAAGAGACCUAGAUCUGUUGAAACAUGACAAGGCUCUAAGCAAGAAGCCUCCUGCUCCUCACCUACGCGAUGUGCCUGAUUAUCUAUUGGAUGCAACAACUAAAGAAGCCAGCAAGACUGUUAAGCUUGCUAGAGCUGCAAUGGGAAACACCAACCCUGCUCGCCGCCAUGGAUUUAAGAGAAAAUCCAAAAAGAAUAAGGACCCCCUCAAGACUUUCACUGCUGAGGGACAUAAGAAAGCUCGUAGAGGCGGGAUGAAGCAAGAAGGAAAAGAUGGCAAUGGCAACCAUAGACAAAAAAAGAGAAAGACCUGAUAUACCAUUUAAGUUAAUUACUGUAUACGCAUAUACAGCGGCUA